UGGUGAGGCUGGUCUUCCUUGUUUCUCAUCACCCUCUAAAAAGGCAACCACUGUCAGAGACUCGAACAGCGGAUUUAUCUCUACCAUGGAAGAGAGCGAGACAACCAUGAUGUAUACGCUUCAGGGCUGUAAUAUCGAGUACUGGAGGUGAUUCUUUAAUUUGCUGUGUCUUUUCUUGGUCUUGGUUUAAUGGCGAUCAAGAUGGGAGUGAAAUGCGAGAUCUCGCUCGGAUUCACGCUUCUUCGUGGCGGUUAUGAGAUUUGAUUAGCGAAGAUCGAGCUUCGGAUGUAAUGGUAAUUAAUAAUUAGCACCAAGAAGAUCAAGAAUCGUGGUCUCAGAAAAUGCAUUUCGCAAAGCUCGAUGACUCUCCUAUGUUUCGCAAGCAGAUACAAAGCUUGGAGGAAAGUGCUGAAUCAUUAAGGGAGAGAAGUUUAAAGUUUUACAAAGGAUGUCGAAAAUACACUGAAGGACUCGGUGAGGGAUAUGAUGGGGACAUUGCUUUUGCUAGUGCAUUAGAAACUUUUGGUGGAGGGCAUAAUGAUCCAAUUAGUUUGGCUUUUGGAGGUCCUGUAAUGACCAAAUUUACUAUUGCGUUGAGAGAAAUUGGAACAUACAAGGAAGUUCUCCGGUCCCAGGUUGAGCAUAUGCUAAACGACAGAUUACUGCAGUUUGCCAAUAUUGAUUUGCAUGAGGUCAAGGAAGCACGGAAGCGUUUUGACAAGGCUAGUAUGGUUUAUGACCAGGCUCGUGAAAAGUUUCUGUCACUGAGGAAAGGCACAAAGUCUGAUGUAGCAACUGUUUUAGAGGAGGAGCUUCAUAAUACAAGGUCUACAUUUGAGCAAGCUCGCUUCAAUUUGGUAACUGCUCUUUCUAAUGUUGAGGCGAAAAAGAGGUUUGAAUUUUUGGAAGCAGUCAGUGGGACGAUGGAUGCACACCUUCGUUACUUCAAACAGGGAUAUGAGUUGUUGCAUCAAAUGGAGCCAUACAUUAAUCAGGUUUUGACUUAUGCACAACAGUCAAGAGAAAGGUCUAACUAUGAGCAGGCCGCUCUUAAUGAGAGAAUGCAAGAUUAUAAAAGGCAGGUGGAUCGAGAGAGUAGGUGGUCUAACAAUGGUACAAACGGAUCUCCUAAUGGAGAUGGUAUACAAGCCAUUGGUAGAAGUUCACACAAAAUGAUAGAGGCUGUUAUGCAGUCUGCUGCAAAGGGAAAGGUUCAAACCAUUCGACAAGGUUAUCUCUCAAAGCGUUCCUCAAACUUAAGGGGUGACUGGAAAAGAAGGUUUUUUGUUCUUGAUAGCCGUGGAAUGCUGUAUUACUAUCGCAAACAGUGCAGCAAAUCAUCUGGCUCCAGCAGUCAACUUUCUGGUCAGAGGAAUGGUUCUGAGCUUGGUUCUGGAUUGCUGAGUCGGUGGCUUUCUUCUCAUUAUCAUGGUGGAGUACACGAUGAGAAAUCUGUUGCUCAUCACACAGUGAACCUGCUUACAUCAACAAUCAAAGCUGAUGCUGACCAGUCAGAUCUUAGGUUUUGCUUCAGGAUCAUUUCACCAACAAAGAACUACACUUUGCAGGCAGAGAGUGCACUGGAUCAAAUGGAUUGGAUUGAAAAGAUCACAGGGGUCAUAGCUUCAUUACUUAGUUCUCAAGCUCCUGAGAGGUGUCUGCCUGCUAGUCCAAUGGGAAGCAGUCAUCAUCGCUCUGCAAGUGAGAGUAGUUCAUUUGAAAGUUCUGACUUCGAUCAUUGCACAGUUGAAGAAUAUACAUCCGAGAGGGGCCCUGCUACUUCGCAUCUUGAACGCCCAAUAAGAAAUAUGCAAACACAACGGUCCUGUAUAAAAAUCGAGAAGCCAAUUGAUGUAUUGCGAAGAGUAUGUGGAAAUGAUAAAUGUGCCGAUUGCGGUGCCCCUGAACCAGAUUGGGCAUCAUUAAAUCUUGGUGUUCUUGUUUGUAUUGAAUGUUCUGGUGUUCACCGUAAUCUUGGGGUGCACAUAUCGAAGGUACGGUCUCUUACACUGGAUGUCAAAGUGUGGGAUCCUUCUGUUAUAAGUUUGUUUCAGUCUCUGGGCAAUACCUUUGCCAACUCAGUAUGGGAGGAACUAUUGCAAUCAAGAAGUGCUUUUCAGCUUGAUCUUGUCCCUGCAGGCCUAUACAAGUCUGAUAAGCCACAGCUGAUUUUUAUCAGUAAACCCAGUCAUGCUGAUUCUAUAUCAGUGAAGGAGAAGUUCAUCCAUGCAAAGUAUGCAGAAAAGAUUUUUGUUCGUAGGCCAAAAGACAAUCAAUAUCGUCAUUUAGUGGCACAACAAAUCUGGGAGGGUGUGCGUGCUAAUGACAAGAAAGCUGUAUAUCGUCACAUAGUGAAUUCUGAAGCAGAUGUUAAUGCUGUAUACGAGCAAACAUCUUUUGGCUCUUCUAUAACCCUUGCCAAAGCAAUGCUAUUGCACGAGCACACAAGCCUUGACCACAGUUCUAGCAGCUUAACAGUGGAUUCAUUGGAAAGGUCCUCCACUAGCUCUACAAACAUGGCAGGCACAACUGAAGGCCAGACCUUGGAGGAUCUAGAUGGGUGCACCCUGCUUCACCUUGCUUGUGAAACUGCAGACAUAGGCAUGAUAGAACUCCUCCUACAGUAUGGUGCACAUAUAAAUGUAGCUGAUUCAAGAGGUCAAACGCCACUACACCGCUGCAUUCUCAAAGGCAGAACCACAUCUGUGAAAUUGCUUCUUACAAGGGGAGCUGAUCCACGGGCUGUAAAUGGUGAAGGUAAAAACCCUUUUGAGGUAGCAGUAGAGUCAAACUUUGAUGAUGGUGAGGUCACUGCUUUAUUAGCGGACUCAAAUGGAUAGAUUCUGAAACAAGAUUUUACUAGGGCCAAAUACAUUAAAGCUGGACAGUGUAAGAGAAAGAUAUGAUGGUGUUGCAUUUUGUAUAAUUAUAUCUCAUAAAUUUGAGAGCUGGUUCUCCAUUAAAGGGAAGGUCACCAGUGUUUUUCGAAGAUUUACGGGAGUGGUAGGUUGGCGUGCCUGCCCCAUGGGAGUGUGCGGGCUUGUAAUUUAACAAGGCGCCUUUGAUCAGAGUGAAGCGCACUGAUAUCCUUGAGCCAAAGGGCUUUGUAAUGUCAUAUUUUUUGUCGAUUCAGUUUGUUUGCUUCCGCUUUGGUGAAGCUGUGAUGAUUUAACUUGCCAAAAAAAAAAAAAAUAGAAAGCUAUGAUGAUUUAGUUUAGUGCAUUGUGUAUUUGUACAUUGGUUUCUUUUAAUGAAGCUUUGUUGUGGCUGCAAGUCUUUGGAUGCACAAA